AUGAAUUGUACGCGCUGCCCGCUGAAAGUCAAGCCUUCUUUGGUUCUCUUCAUAUUCAUCUGUCUCGUCACCCACGCAUCAUGCAAUUCCAUCAUGCAAAACUGCUCUAGCCCAGAUGGCCCUGCCCUCCUGGAGGCUCUCAGGCCUGUCUUCGACCUCAGGGCCAUUCGACCUGUUGUGAACAUUUCAAUCCCUAGUAUUGUCAAUGUUGACUUUGUCGUGGUUGGCAUUCUGGGAGUGGAUGAAAAGGCUCAGCUCUUGACAACAUUUAUCAUGCAGAUGUUGUGGUGGAAAAAUGAAUUUAUUAGCUGGGACCAAAAACAGUGCAGUGCCCAGUGGAUUACAGUCCCAAGAAAAUUGCUUUGGAUCCCUGAUAUCGUCAUCAAUGAGUUUAUGGAGAAGAACACAGCUCAAUUUACACCUUACGUGGUUGUGUUUAACAACGGUAUGGUGAUGGACAUUCAGCCUGUCAGAGUGGUGAGCUCUUGUAGGCUCGACAUCUACACCUUCCCAUUUGACAUCCAGAACUGCACUUUAACCUUUAACUCCUAUAUGCAUCGGAUUUCUACUUUGCGGAUUGGCCGCUUAUAUUCAGAAGAGAACAUUUUCAAUUUUUCCAAGAGAAUGAUGGCUACGAUGGGAGAAUGGGAGCUGAUUGGAAUCAAAGCAUUACAACAGCUGCAAAAUUCUUCAAAUAAUGAAAUUUAUGAAGACCUUCGCUUCUUUAUUUCACUUCGGCGCAGGCCCAUGCUGUACGUGGUCAACCUCUUGAUUCCCUGCUGCUUCCUCAUCACAGUGGACCUCUUCAGUUUCCUGCUGCCUCUUCAAAAGGUUGACCGCUCUUUGUUCAAGAUGACCCUCAUCCUGGGCUACACUGUCUUUCUGAUGCUCAUGAACGACACGCUGCCUAUCACAGGAAAUACAAUUCCCCUAAUUAAUGUGUUCAUGUCCCUUUGCCUGGCUCUGAUGGUGGUGAGUCUUCUGGAGACCACUCUAAUCACAAAUCUGCUGCACAGUUCAAAGAACUACUCAGAGGUUCCUUGCUGGAUACGAUUGCUAGUCAUUCACAUAAUGGGACGCCUGGUUCUGCUUCCUCCAAAGAGGAAACAAGUGGAGCAAAUCCUCCGAAAUCCUGGCACACUAGACCUGACCGAUUCCACUCAGAGAGCAGGUGAGAGAGAGGUCCAUGAAGCUGAGGGGUCUUUGGACCAGGACGAGGCCGUAGAGGAGCUGAGAAGCGUGGCAAGAGACCUCCGAGUCAUCCGGAUGAAAUUGGAAGAGGAGCUGAAUGUGAGCCAGAGCACAGAGGAGUGGAUCCAAGUGGGUUUCAUCAUAGACCGCAUGUUGUUUAGCGUCUAUGUCAUCUUCUUAUCAGUUAGCUUCGUCAGCAUCAUUGUCAUAUGGGUCGACUCGUACAACCAGCCUCAUGAUAUUACUUAG